AUGAACCAAAAGAAAAAAAAAAAAACGAAACCCCCCAUAAACCUAGCAACACUGGAAGACAAAAUAAACAUCCUCAAUUUUAUGAAGGAUGACUUUGAAAAAAUUCUCGACAACGAAAAUGAAAUUCAUGGAAUAGUCACCAACCAGCACAACAGCAAAGAAGAAAAAACUUUAAAUGAAAAGGAAAAAAUAGACAUCAUCUUAAGCGAGCUGAUGCUAUCCUGUGAAGAAAAAAAAAAUCAGUUAAGUAAGUAUAUAAAAACUGCCAACGAAAUAAUCAGCCAAAAUAAUGACAUAAUUGAGAAGGAAAAGAAAGAAAUUGAAAAUUUAACUUUGGAAAAAAAUCAAGAAAUAAAUUCUAUGCAACAAAAAAUUGACUUGGCAAAAAGCUUCCACAACGAUAUAAAUAACACAAUGGUGCAACUUUUUAACAACUUGGAUUUAUUUUUAAAAAAUAAAAUGAACGUGGAAUUAAAUAUUGAUCAUCUGCAAAAAAUCUCAAAGACCGAAACAAAAAUGGGCAAUAAAAAAACCACGGGGGAGGAUACACAACACCGCGACGAACAAGUAAGAGUGCAUAAAAGGCAGAACGAAGGGGAAGACCAAUUUUUACAACAAUUAUAUCGCUCCAUGGAUGAAUAUGAAAAAAAAAUGUGCAGCAUUAUAUCCUUUAUGCAGGAAAAUGACUUAGAUCAUCGCUCCAAAAUGUUAUUAACUGAAAAGAGGAGCGAUGCUGGGCUAUCUGCACAACUUAUGCACAUCCCUCAAAUUGAACAGAAAAGUAUGAGCGGGGAAGGUCACAGUGGUAGCGGAGAUGGCCAUUCCACGCAGGGCAUAGGGGUAACGUACGAAGACACACGUAUGAUUGAAACGGGACAGACUGGAAUGGCACACGAUGCGAGUGGCGAGGUUAUCAGCGGGGAAGGGGAAAUGGAAGAGGAGGAAGAUCUUGAUGAAGAGGAAGACGAUGAGGAGGAUGAAUAUCUGGACGAUGAUGAGAAUGGUGAGGAUAGCUUUGAUGAUGAUACAGAUACGGAGGAGGAAAGUAAAGAGGACGAAAACGACGAUGAGGAGGUGGAAGAAGAUGAAAGCUUGGAUGAUCAUACCGAGAAGAAAGAUGAUGAAGAUGAAGAUGAAGAUGAGGAUGAUGAAGAAGAAGAAGAAGACCAUGACGCAAGCACGGAGAACACGCAGAGAAAAAAAUUCAACACACCUCCGGAAAGUGAAGACAACUUCGGCGACUCACAACCGGGCGAACGUGAGGUGAUGGAAGCAACGCCAUAUGGACAUACAGAGAAAGUGUGCGGCAAAAUAAAAAUACUGAACGAUGCAGAAACGACCAUAAAGAGUUUCUCCUCAGAUAUGUAUAAAAAAAUACUAAGCGACAAUAUGAACGCCCUCAUGGACAAAAUAAAAAAAGUCGAUUACGACUACGUGUCUUACUUUGAAAAAAAAUUAAAAAGUUAA